CUGCAUUCUGAGGCUAUCAGCAGGCAGGUCGUCGACACCCCGCCAUGGCCCUGUGGAUGCGCCUCGUGCCCCUGCUGGCCCUGCUGGCCCUCUGGACGCCUGCCCCGGCCCGGGCCUUCGUCAACCAGCACCUGUGCGGCUCCCACCUGGUGGAGGCGUUGUACCUGGUUUGCGGGGAGCGUGGCUUCUUCUACACGCCCAAGGCCCGCCGGGAGCUGGAGGACCCGCAGGCAGGGCAGGCGGAGCUGGGCGGGGGUCCAGGCACGGGUGGCCUGCAGUCCUUGGCCCUGGAGGGACCCCCGCAGAAGCGCGGCAUCGUGGACCAGUGCUGCACGAGUAUCUGCUCCCUGUACCAGCUGGAGAACUACUGCAACUGA